CACGAGCAAAAACAAGGACCACAGGCGAGUGAUAAGUAGCUAGCUUCGUUCAACGCAAUUUAAUUCCCUUAUCUAAACAGCUGUUACAAUCGAAAGCAAAAACCCACGGGUGAAACAUCUCGACAAUUAAGAUUUCACUCCCGUUUACAGUGUCUGUAGCACUCGUACCGGAAACGAUAUCACACGAAUGCUACAGCUAAAUAUUAGCUGGCUAGCUGACAGUUCAAAUCGACGUGUCAUAUCAGUAAACAUCGCGUUAGGCUGCUUUUUACCAUUAAUAAUGGUAUUAAUAAAAGCUUAUCCCUCCUCACGGGGAAUACCGACAGCGGAAAAUUGGUGUAUUGUUGAAUAGAAAUUACUCUGCGGUUAUGGCCUUCAGCUUACAACAUGUAGCAGGAUUUUCACAAUACACCAUUUAAUAAAACAUCAAACGUCAUUCUCCUUUGCAUUCAUUCACUAAAGCACAUAAGCCCUGUGAGUAACAGCUAAUAGACAAGGGAGGCUGAUAGAGUGCACCAUGUCGGACCUGGACACCCUCAUAGUCACCUUUCAGACCCAGCUUUCAGAUGUGAUGGAGGCUGUAGUGAAGACAGCCAUGUUUGAGGUGACCAGGUUGGUGGAAGAUGUGUUUUUGGUGGAGGUGAAGCGCAGGAGCCAGGAGAUAGAGUCCCUGAGGAUGCAGCUGCAGUGGAUUGACAGCAAAUUCAAGGAUCAAGCAGGAAAAGAAGGAGGAAAGACUGGAAGGGGCGUGCACUGUGCAAGGCAUGGUGUGGAACUGUCCACUGACACUGCAGAAGAAAGGUCUAAAAACCAUCAGGAAGAACAAGUGAGGGGCCUUAGUGUGAAGACCGAGAGUGACUCUUUUGAAAGAUGGACAGCAAGCUGCAGACUAGAAGACAAAUCAGAGUCGCUACCAGAGGCAGACAGUGCUACAGCUGCACAGAGCCCUGAAAGGGAGCCAGAGGCAGCAGAAGAAAAGGAUGUGAGAUCAGCUGUUGCUACGAAGGAGGAAGAAGUUAGUCAGCCAUCUUGCUCCUCUGUGCAUAUGGGAGGGUGGAACUGUAGUGAUGAAGAGGGACCUGGAUCAGACAACGAGAGUGGAACAGUUGAGGUACAACCCAAACAGACUGAAGAAAACAGUGAGGAAUUAUUGAGAAAUGUCAUGAAGAAAGACCCACAGAUAGCUGCUGGUUAUGGCUUUCCUGAAGACAGGCAGGAAAAACACCUGUCUACAGAUCGACCGCGUGUUUCAUCUUUGGAAAUAGAUACCAGUUGGGCUGGCUUGACUGUCACAGGCGCUGAGUUGUUGCACAAUCCCAGACUUGGAGCUGAAACGGAACGUGAUCCAGUCAAAACUAAAGCAGAAAAUGAGCUGUCUGAUUCUGUCAGAGCGGACAUUCAGGUUACCCCAGGCAGAGAUAAAAGUUCAUCCUCAGGGUCCCCUAAGGCAAGACUAAAAAACAGUGAUGUUUUAGGCCUGACUAUCAAGAAGGAAGUCAUUCUUGAUUCUGAUGGAUGUGAGGAAGGUGAGCGUAUAGAAAAGAAAAUAACAAACUCAGGUAUGUCCUCUUUUUCAUGUUCAGUAAAGCAGCACAAGGUGAGUUCAGAAGCACACAGACUAAACCACAUUUCUCAAAAAGCUGCUGUGCAAGAGGUUAUGAAGCUACAUUCCAAAGCCGGUUCAGGUUUCAGAUUGCAAGCCGCUUUACAGCAUCUCCACCGACCGAUGAAAAAGCCCACUCACACUCUCUCGAACAGUACCGCUGCGGCACUGUCUAUAGCUCCCUCUCAAGUUGUAAACUUAAAUAACCUUCAAAGAAUUCCCUCCACAUCCAAAGCAUCUCCUGCUGUAUCCUCAAUCCAGCGAGUUCACCUGGGUGACAAACAGACAUCAACCCUUAACCGAACUGGAGACUCCUGGGUCAGCAACAGGUCCCAGCACCAUCCUGCAAACUCUCACCACGUCAGUCCUGGUACCCAUCCAGACUCUCAGUCUCACGCCGCUCCAAGGCAUCUCCUACGCUGUGGGCAGUGUGGGAAGUGCUUCCCCCACCCCAGUAACUUGAAGGCCCACCUGCAGACUCACACAGGUGAGCGGCCUUUCUGCUGUUCGCUCUGUGGCCGGAGUUUCACCAAGCUGAGCAACCUUAAAGCACACCGUCGCGUCCACACUGGAGAGAGACCAUACUGCUGCUUGGCCUGUGGCAAACGCUUUACCCAGAAAUGUAAUCUCAAACGCCACCAGAGGAUCCACCUUGAUGCAUGUUGAUAGAGAUCCAACAUACAUCAUGAAAGGACAACUUAAAUAUGUGUAUUUCUUUAAGAUGCUACAGAGCUACGUUGUGUUGCAAUACAGUCUGUGUGAGGCUUUGCAGGCCUUCUUUUUGUAUAUCUAUCUUUUAAAGUGAUUGUCCUGAAUAAUACUGUGCAUUCCAGAAAGGUUAAUCUAAUAACAUAUAAAAAUGUUUUAAUGUUACUAAAGGAUGAAAAACAAGAAUGUGUUGUGUCGUUUACCGUGUGCAAAGAUAGGUCAGACUGUGAAUAUGCAUAUUAUCGUGUUGUGUCAACUGCAAUGUGCCUGUGAGCACACAAGCACUUGUCAGCCAUGGAUCAGAGCCUACAUUUAUCAGCUGUAACAUUUAUUCAAACUGGUAAGCUUAGCUCUAAAAAUACUUUGCAAAAUACUACAAAUUUAAACAGAUAUCCACAGGACACUAAAAUUGGUUAAGGUGCAGUACUUAAUGUCUGCAACAGCAACUUUUCUUGCUAUACCUCUCGUUAUGCCAACUUUGCAUUAAAAAAAAAUUACUGGUCGCUGAUUGAUGUUUAUUGAUCGGUGCUUAGAUUUUGUUUUUAAUGAGGAAAAUUACAUCAUAAAGAAAAAGCUUAUGACUGCUCCCUUGUUUGUAAGGAGCUGCUGCAGCAGAUGGAGCCACAUAUUUGAUUUGGCACUGAGUUUUAAGCUGGAUGCUCUUCCUGAUGCAACCCUCCCAGGGAUUUGUGCCUGCUCUCGGGGAUUUGUGCCUCCUCCCAGUCUUGUACCGGGGAUCUUUCAUGUUGAGGGAAUGUGUUAACAGCGCUGCCCUAUUGAUUACAUCAUAAAGUAAGAAAAGUCGCGAUUGCCAUAAUCUAGAAGAACAUCCAUUUAAUUAAUUUUUAGCAGAAAAUGUUUAAUACUCUGCAGGCAGUAAACUCUUGUAAGUUGGUAAAUGGUUCCAAGUUGUUCUUUAAAACUUGUUAAUAAAUAUAGGCCCAAAUCAUUUGAUCUAAGAACCCUCCCUCCGGUAACGAAACAGUUUUAACGUAGAUGCAUCCUUUUUUAGUUUUAAAAUUGUACAAUGAUCGAUGAUCUGAUAUUUCAAGAUGCAAAGAUUUCUUUACCAAUGUCUUAAAAAGUGCUUCUUUUGAAAAAUGAUGUAUCAUAAGUGAUGACUACAUUCAUAUUUAAACAUUCAUUAAUUGUAUCUGUUUAAGUAAAAAAAAAAAAAAGCCUUAAAAUAAUCCUGAUAUUAAGGUUUUAAACAAUAUUGCAGUAUCUUAAUUAAACACUUGGUGUCAUCCUUUCACCAAACUUAUUGUGGCAACGAGGACCUUGGCAGAGAUUUUUUUUUGUUGAGGAUUUCGUAUCCUCUUGUCUUGCUUCUAAUGUAAUAAUGUAAUAUAGAGGUGCUCUUAAAGAAAACCCCUCCAUUAGAGUAACAAUCCGUGGUAACAAGUGUCUGUAAGCACCGUUUUAGCUGAUCUGUGUGCCCAGACCUGUGUGUGUUACAUAUCUUACACUCAGGAUUAGGCUUGAUGUGUUGUAUCUGUGAAGUCAGAGCAGCACUGUGCAGGUGGUACAACCGAUAACAUUUUAAUCUUAUUUUCAAGGUGAGGAAAAAGCUAGCAGAGGCUGAUCUCUUUCUCCGUGUGUACAUGUAUGCGUGUGUGUGGAGAGAGAAAAUGUGGAUUAAAGCAGUGCUUCUGUCUACAGAUGGUAUCUUUCCUUUUUGAUGUCUGAACCCAAUAACAAGAGAAGUUAUCUGUGAGGUGUAAUUAAGAAAUACCUACUUAGCUGAAUCUGCAGUGAGCAUAAUAGAUAGUGCUUGUUGUUUGUGGGGGAUUGUGAAAGUAGUCUGUUUAAUGUGUGCGGUGCUCGGUAUACCUAAACAUUGCUGUAUGCAUCUCGCAAACAUUUACCUUCUGCCUGUGCAUUUCAAACACUCUUGUAUGAGUCAUCGUUUUGUUUUAAUUCCAUCGCUGAAGCAGUUUUUCUGAAGAUGUUUAUUUGGUUAAAAAAAAAAAAAAAA